UCCCACCUCUCUUCUGUGUCCGAAUUUUCGAUAUCACCGCAACAGAUUGAGCGAUUGGCGCUUGCCACCAACUCAACGCACCCAUCAAUGCGCUCGCGCUGACCUCUGUACCCCUCAAGAGCAUCAAGAGCAUCAAGGAGUACUCAGCCUCGCGUACGUGCCUUCAACAUGCCAUCCCGCAUCGCAGCCCUGCGAGGUAUACAAACUACGGCUUCGAAGCAAGCACGGUGCCACACCCAGACACUCUCAAGCGCCUCGCACCUCUCUCUCAAGCAACAGAUCUCUUCAUACCGAACCUCGACCUUGCACAGCUCGCGAUGGAGGCAUCCUCAUUCAUACCAACCCUGCUCGCAGCACCGCAAUGCCUCGACCGUUGCAUAUCCAGCGACCCGCGCAAAAAACACCAUCUUAGGCACCACGCUCCUCCUCCUCGCUGCCGGCACUCUCAUAUAUACGACCGACACCCGUGCCAGCAUUCAUAAGUACCUCGUCCCCCGCAUCAUGCGCCUGCUCUUCCCGGACGCCGAAGACGCCCAUCACGCAGGCAUAUCCACCAUGGCCGCACUCUAUGCGGCAGGUCUACACCCACGCGAACGCUCCUCCUCGUCGCCUGACCUCCGCACAACCGUCUUCGGCACACAACUCGCAAACCCAAUAGCCAUCUCCGCAGGCCUCGACAAAGACGGCCUAGCAAUUGACCCGCUCUUCGCGCUUGGGCCCAGCAUUGUUGAAAUCGGAGGCAUAACACCACGACCACAAGAAGGCAAUCCAAAACCACGCGUCUGGCGCGUCCAAAGUCAAGAAGGAAUGCUGAACCGCUACGGUCUCAACUCUGCAGGCGCAGCUGCCGUCGCACUCACACUUCGCCGCCGCGUUCGCACAUUCGCAGAUAAACUCGGCUGGGCCGGCCCGGCCGGGGAACAGGCAGUCCUCAACGGCAACGCAGACGUCCCUCCAGGUUCCCUCCUGCCAGGCCGUCUCCUCGCCGUCCAGAUCGCCAAGAACAAAGACACUCCCGAAUCCGACCAAGCGGCCGUUGCAGCAGACUAUGUCUCCUGUGUCCAGCACCUCGGCCCCUACGCAGACAUCCUCGUCGUGAACGUCAGCUCGCCAAACACUCCCGGCCUCCGCAGCCUCCAGGCCGCCGAACCCCUCACACACCUCCUCUCCGCCGUCGUGUCCGCCGCACAAAACGUGUCGCGCAAGAGCAAGCCGAAAGUCAUGGUCAAGGUCAGCCCCGACGAGGCGUCGGAGGACGACAUCUCCGGCAUCGUCGCCGCAGUACACGCGUCCGGCGUCUCCGGCGUGAUUGUCGCAAACACAACCAAGACGCGGCCUGUGCACGCCCCCUCGCUGCUCACGGCGCAAGAAACCCACGUGUUGACGGAAACUGGCGGGUUUUCUGGGCCCGCGUUGCUGGAGAGGACGGUGGAGUUGGUUGGGCGGUAUAGGAGGGCGCUGGACGAGGGCGCGGAGGGGAAGAGCAAAGUCAUUUUUGCGAGUGGAGGCAUAUGUAGCGGUGCGGAUGUGUUGCGGGUGUUGGAGGCGGGAGCGGCAGUUGGGAUGGCGUAUACGGCUUUGACGUACCAGGGGGCCGGGUGGGUAACGGAGUCGAAAAGACAACUGCAGGAGGCGUUGAAUCAAAAGUCAUGAUCAAAGACUGUGUCAUAGUGGCGUUAGAUCUAAAAUAAAAGCUGUGUAGAGUCUGUCCUUCAGGGACGUGGGUGGAAAGGUGAUAGAUCUAUCUGCAUACUGAAGGGCCGCGUUUGAUCUAUAAGCGUGUUGGAAUAGAACAUGCCAAUUACAAUGUAUAUAUAGUUAUGGACACUCGAUCAUCGAGUCUACACACGACACUUUAUGCCAUGUGUGCAACAACAAGUAGCGAUAAGACAAGCUUCAAGGGCAUCAGG